ACGCAAUAUUGUUACUUAUGAUUAUCUGCUGAUUUACAUUUGGAACAUGUAUACCUGUUAUUUUGGCUAUGCGAACUGGCAUCUACAACAGUCUUAUUAAUUAAACUUGACAAGAUCUCUCGGGAUUAAUAAGGAUUUUUCGCUAUCAUUUAUUUGUGUUUCCAAAGAUUGGUUCCAAAUGACAGAUGUGCGCGUUACACAGGUGAAAUUUAUGCAUAUUCCUAACACUUUUCGUUGGCAGGAAACCUUUUGUUCGCACGCAUAAUUUGUUAUAAAAUACCCAGCUAGGCCGAGAUUAUUUAUUCGAGGCUGUCUUUUACUGCGGAGUGCAUCAAAGUCGAAGCAAAGAAUAUCCGAUCAAUUUCCUACCCAUCUCCUUUCAUCAAGAACAGGUUUACACUCUCCUGUCAAAAUGGUAAGUCGCCUUAAAGGAAAGAAAUUGUAUAGAUAGAUGUCAUUUUUUAAAUGUACGCUAUUUAUGCUUCUUAUAAAUCUACUAACUCCGGAUCCAGGCUAAGUUCACCAUCGGCGGCCUCGAUGAUGUUCCACUCACUUACGUUCAAGUUUAAAAUAUAGUACCGCUGCGUCUUCGCUUGUUUGCGCGCUUCAUACAGCAGUCGCUGAUUACAUGAAACAAAAAGACAAGGAUAAGAAAACGAAGAUUCGCAGUAUGUCAUCGUGAAAUUGAAAACACUCAAUAAUAUAACUUCAUCUGUGGCUAUUAGGCAUCGCUGAUGCUCGCUCGAGUGGGAGUGUCUGUUUCAAAUCGUCUAGUUGUGGGAAAACCACCAACAAACAUCCAAAAAAUAUUUCAAGUUCAAAAUCGUGAUCGCGACUACAGCGCGCUGAAUUAAAUCGUAGUUAUACCUAUUAAAUGUCUUGGAAACUGGCAAAUUUUGCAUUAGGGAGCGGUGUAAGAUAUGUUACUUCUUAAAUUUUUAGAUCACGCCCACUUCGUUUACCUUGUAUGAUUUUAUCGGUGGAUUGAGUCUAUACAACGAAAAAACAAACCCGUCUUGACAUAUGAAUGAAAGAGACCGUCCAUAAUACCUGUAUCCUUUUCCAUAAUUCAUUGCUAAAAACAGAAAGCGUUAGAGAUGGCGGCCAUGUAUUUAUCGCCAAAAUUGUCCGAAAAUUGUAUUACACAAUUGGCUUUACAUCUUCAGUUGGUAUUGAAGCAUGACGAAUUAGGCUAGAAACCCAUAAAACAUAAUUUUCAGAGUAAAUUAACCCCAGAAUAAUCUAGCGUUUUAACUUAAAAGAGGCUUAAUUUUUUUAAUUUCAAAUUUUUAAAAUACUGGCGGACGCGGAAGUCCAUUUCCGGUGAUUCGCGCUGUUUUGGGCUCCACAGCAUUUUCAUCGAUCCGAGAUGAAAAGGAAUUAAAAAAAACAUGGAAAACAUAUUUCGCUAUACCCUUGGUUAAUAAUUAAAGUUGGUGACCAUAUUGUAUUUCCCGCAGGCCCGGUGAAACAAAUUAAAUCUUCUUCAUUAUCACUCGUUUUUCAGCGCCUUGCCUUUUUUUAAGUAAAUCAUUAAAAAUAUUCAAAACCAAUACACAGAAAACGAUUUUCAGACUUCAAGUUAAAAUAUCGUUCUUAGGGCAUAAAAAAAGUUUCCAAGAUCAUAACAAAACACUUUUCACGCGAGAAAACCUGGCGAAACAUUUUCUAAAAUAUAUUUUCAUCUCUUAAUGACAAAGUAUUAGAAUUCAAAUGCGACAAAAAGGCCUAGGUGGUCUUGAAAGGACGCGGGUUGAGUCAUCAAACUAAACAAAUACAUAUUUUGAUACCUUAAUUCAGCUUUAUUCAGGCUCACAGCGGAGACGGAACAAAAUACAAAUGGCUUUCUCGAACGAAACGCGAAGAAUUCAUUUAACGAUGCAAUAUCAAGGCACUGGUGGAGUCAUUUCCAUCAAACAGAUCAAUUACCAGCUGCUGUGUCUAAAUUGUUCCAGAAUGAAGUAGCUAAAGUUGUUGAAAACCUUUUAAUAUUGUAGUACCCCCAAUAGCAGGUGGUCGGAUUCUCUAUAAUUAAUAGCCGCUUUAGUGAGAGAGAUUCUCUGAAAAAACAUGUGAAAGUGAAAAACUGAAAUCUGCUUCUUUUAAAUGACAGGCUCAACGAUUGACUCAAGCCCAGCGUGAAGGUAAGAGUUGCAGAAAUGUAAUAAUAAGGAAAAGAGAGAUUUAGAAUCACUCACAAUUUAGAAUUUAGAGCCCGCGGUUAGUCAGUGGAGAAGCCUGAGAGAUGCUCUACCCGGCAUUCUUUUGGCUUAAGGGCUUAUCUAUGGUGACCCUAACGCCUACACCACUAUUAUAUUUAUUCCCGAAAAAUAUUUGUAAACUGUAACAACAAAGGUGCGGUUAAAAGCUUUAAGUAGGCCCAAACCUCAACUCAACCCAGGAUUAGUGUUUUUAUGUCCUUCCUAUUAGUCUACAAUACACUCUUUUCCACAACCUAUAUCUCCUAGCUAAUUUCGUGAUAUUCAUUAACCUUUCUUUCUUUAAAGAAAUAGAGGCAGCCUUCAAGCUGUUCGACAAAAACAAUGACGGGCAUAUCUCGGUGGAGGAGUUAGGUGAAGCCAUGAAGCAAGCUGGACAGGAGAUGUCAGUCGAGGAAAUUAAAGACAUGAUCAAAGCAGUGGAUCGCAAUGGUACAAAAAUCAUUCUCUUCCUAGUUUUUAAAAGGAAGGAGGAAGAAACGUGUAUAAAUGUCUAAAACCUGGGAUAAAACAAGUGUGCUAUUCGAGAAUAUUACGAUCUCAGUUGUAAUCUGAAGCCUAAACUUUUUUUAAGGCAAAUGUUAAAGUCGGAUGGCGAGUUGUUAGGGAAGCCUGAUGAAAUACUGAGGGUAAUCUUGCGAUGGACUAGCAUCCAGGGAGACCGGGAUAAGCUCCGAUUGGGUGGGCUACUAAGCUUGAACACAGACUUUGCCUUUGACCGCGGUAUGAUCUGAUUUGUAAUGUUCUUAUCUUUGUUUUCUAUUUCUCCUUUAGGCAAUGGUAAAGUAGAAUAUAGUGAGUUUGAGGACAUGAUGGCCAGCCAAAUUGGAGAACCGAUGACUGGUGACGACCUCAAGUAUUACUUCAAGAAGUUUGACACAAAUGGAGAUGGCUUCAUAACAAGUGACGAGCUUGGACUGGUGAUGAAAACGUUUGGCGGCAAAACCUACUCAAAGAAAGAAAUCGAUGACAUGAUCAAGGAGGCUGAUACGGAUAGCGAUGGAAAAGUCAGUUAUGCAGGUACUUCUUGAAUGAGAGCGGGACUUGGGCCGAACUUUUAGUCAACCUCUUUCCCAGGUCUCUACCUUUUCAAUUACUUCCCGCGCUUUUAAAGCAAUUUUUUAACAUAAUCUUGAAUUUAAACUAGGAUUCCUCGUUCUUGCUGUACCCCACCCCAUUAUUGGUCCUUGAGACUAUCGCCAGCCACCUGAACAAUCAGAUACAACACUGAAAAACAUCGUGACUUCGUCUCAUCCUUUUUCUCGCGUUUCAGCCAGUUUCCUCGUUUUUACCUGCGUCUCUCAGGGGAUAUUUAGGGUAUCAUUCUUCAUUCGAUUGGCCGUUUUGAUUGCUUCAGUGUUGGAAUUACCCAACUCAGUCGAAACACACCCUGGAGGAUUCAAGUGAUCUUUCCCUUUCAUUAUCAAAUGCUGCUCUAGCAUUAGCAGUGUACAUCACCGACAGUUAUUAUCUUUUGUUUCGCGCAAAACUUGUAAACUAAAUUUACGACUUAACGUUUCGUCCAAGUGAAAUAACCUGAUCUAUCUAUUCUGUCUAUGCUGAAAACGAUCUUUCUUUUUUUCGACACGCAGAAUUUGUUGUCAUGGUUACACAGAAAGGGCAAUGAUGCAAAGUGAUGACAAUGGAAGUGGUUCGCUUUACUUUAAGUGGUGGGCUUCAAGAGGAUUGCCUUUGUCACACUGCUGUUUAACAGAUUCACGUUUCUUGAGCUGGCACAAGUAGUGUGGUAUACUAAACGGACGACAGGGGAUUUGUGUGUUCUGUCGAUACAGACUGAACUUUAGAAGCAUAAGAAUAUGUGUAGCUAUAUUUACUAGGUGAUACUGAGGGAU